AUGGCCUCUGCCGUGCUCACGGGCGUCGUCCUUGCCACAGAAUCCGCCACAGAGCCUGCUUCGGCCUCGCCGCCCGCCCCGCGCCCCGUCCCGUUCUCGGUCGAGAUCGCCGUCGAGCCAGCCGCCCUCGCCGCCCUCGCCGCCGCCGCCGCCGCGCCCUCGCCGCCGCCCGCUGCCUGCGCUCCGCCGCCCGUUGAUUGCACUCUGCCACGCUCGGCGCCUGUGCCUUCUCCGCAGCUCUCGCCCGCCCGCCCGCAAUUGGCUCUCUCGCCGGGCAUCACCGCCCGGACCAUGUCGGCGCUCUUCCCCACCCGGGCUCGCCGUGCGGCGGCGGCAGCAGCGGCGGCAGCGGCGGCAUCAGCCUCGUCGGGCAGCGACAUCCCGCUGGUAGAAACAGCGCCCCCCUCGCCGGUGCCGUCAGCUCCACCGGGCCGGGCCCGGUCGCUCUUCCCUGGGCCCGGCGACGGUCCCGACUCUGGCGAUGGGCCCAUGAUCCGCAUCACCGCCGCCGAGCACCUGCCGUCGAACCCGCUCGCCGAUGCUGCCCAUCUCUACUGCGUUGUCGCGCUUCCGACCGGCGCCCUGCGGACCGGCCUCGCACCCAUUGUGGGGACGCGGGUGGCAUGGGACGAGCUGCUGGUGUUUGACGAGCUCGAGUCGGGCGCCCACGCCGCCCACGGCUACAUCUGGAUCCAUGUAUGGCAGCACAACCCGCUCGACGCCGACGUGUGUCUCGGCUCAACCUUUGUCCCGCUCGCGCAAGUCGGCGUCUCCGCAUCUGCCAUGGUCCUCGACCUGCACGCGCCGGUCGAGACCUCGGGCUACGCUGCCCAUGCGCCGGCAAACCACGCCGAGCGCGCGGCGGCAAGCCGUGGCGUCGCAGCCCUCCAUGAGCGGUAUACUCUCAUCCCGGCCGCGCUCCAGCCGCGGCUCACUGUCGAAAUGAGCAUCCCGGGCCUGCAGGCCGCCGAACGCGAUGCCGCGCUCGCCACCGCCGCGUCAACGCUCGCCGCCCGCGCCCCGUGUUGGGCCUACCCGCAUCUCGAGAGCCCCGAGCAGAUCGAGCUGGUCUUUGAAACAGGCGUCGUGGCGUCAGUCGGUGGAGAGGUUCUCGACGGCGUCGUCAUCCUCACCAACAUGCGGCUCUGCUUCUUUGAGGCCGAGGCGGGACGAGACUGCAGCUCGCGUGACACCCUGCUCAGCUGCGCGCUUCCGCUCGGCCUCAUUGCCUGUGUCGACCGCACCUCGCAGCUCAUGCUCCACAACGGGUUGACCUCGGUCGCCGGCCUCACACUCACCUCGCGCCGGACAGACGUCCUCCAUCUCUUCUUCACCCUCGCCAUGUCCGGCUCGGUCCUCGACGGCCUCGAGGCCCGACUUGCGUGGUACGCCGAGACCCAGGCCAUCACGCCGCUCACCUGCGAGCUCGCCGCCGCAAUUGGCGCACGCCCGCGCACCCUGCCCGAGUUUGACUUUGAUGCUGAGUUUGAGCGCCAGGGUGUACCGCAGAGCGUGUGGCGGCAGACAGCCGUCAACCAAGACUACCGCCUUACGCCCACCUACCCGCGAACACUCUAUGUUCCAGCCGCGGUCGACGACGACGUGGUCCGCGGCUCGGCCGCCUUUCGGUCGCGGGCCCGCCUCCCAGUCCUGGCUUGGUACUGCGCCCGCAACGGAGCCGUCAUCUGCCGGUCGGCGCAGCCACUGACCGGCCUCAAGUCGUCGACGUCGGCUGACGAUGUCGCGCUUGUUGCCGCCAUCCGCGACUCGGUCCACGAUCCCCAGCGCGCGGUCAUCAUCGACUGCCGCUCCUCGCUCGCUGCCACCGGCAACCGCAUCAUCGGCAAGGGCACAGAGAACAUGGCCGCCUACCCCGGGUGCGACCUCCGCUUCAUGGGCAUCGACAACAUCCACGAGAUGCGCCGCUCUUUUGCCGCGCUCCAAACCCUCUGCACCUCGUCGUCCGCCGCCGCAGAGUCCGACUGGCUCGCCGCCCUGCAGACCACCCGCUGGAUGGAGCACACCCGUGACAUCCUCGUCGCCGCCCUUCGCGUCGUUCUCAUCGUCUCGACCGGCGGCCAGGCCGUUACUGUCCACUGCUCCGACUCGUGGGACCGGACGCCACAGAUCGUCUCGCUCGCGCAGCUCCUGCUCGAUCCGUACUUUCGCACAACGGCCGGCUUUGAGGCCCUGGUCGCCAAGGAGUGGAUGGCCUUUGGCCACAAGUUUGCCACACGCCUAGGCCUGGUCCACGGCCUCGGCCGCGCCGCUCGCGCCGCCGCGCCCAACGCCGCCUCGCCCAACGCCGAGUCCGAGUCCGACCCGCUGUCAGGCACCAGCGGAGCGCAGGCUGCGCCGGCCUCGCGCACCUCGCCGGUCUUUGUCCAGUUCCUGGACUGCGUGGAGCAGGUCCGGGCCCAGUUCCCGGCAGCCUUUGAGUUUACCUCGGAGUAUCUGGCGGCGUGGGCCGACGCCGCGUCGUCGACCUGGUUCGGCGACUUUGCGUUUGACAAUUCUGCUGCGCGGACCGCCGUCUCGGCGGCGCAGCUCUCGGUCUUUGACUACUUUGCGGCGGCAGCGGCGUCGCCCGCUGGGCGUCCGCACCGCAAUCGCGGAUACGCACCCGACGUCGCGCCCGACGUCCUCCUUCCAGUCACCUCGAUCAAGGUUCUCAAGCUCUGGUCCGCCUACUACCUCCGCUACGACGCGGUCUUCUUCCGCCGCUUUGGCCGCGAGGCCGAGUUUCCACCGCCGGCCGCUGUCCGCGCCGGGCCCAUCCUCUGGGUCCCGGACGACUUUCAGCUCGAGUGCUACGCGUGCCUCGCUGCGUUCAAGAGUCUCGCUCCCAUCGUUCUCCUCGAAGCAGCGGGUGUGUAUUAA